UCCUACCUGUUCGGUGCUUUUGACUUCACUGCCACCCAGGAGAUGGUAUAUCAGGCCACCACCAAGAGCCUCAUUGAAGGUGUCAUAUCAGGCUACAAUGCCACUGUCUUUGCCUAUGGUCCUACAGGCUGUGGGAAAACCUACACCAUGCUGGGCACUGACCAUGAACCUGGCAUCUAUGUUCGCACCCUCGACGACCUCUUCCGUGCCAUUGAAGAGACCAGCAAUGACAUGGAAUAUGAGGUGUCCAUGUCCUACCUGGAGAUCUACAAUGAGAUGAUCCGAGACCUGCUGAACCCCGCCCUGGGGUACCUGGAGCUGAGGGAGGACUCCAAAGGGGUGAUUCAGGUGGCCGGAAUCACCGAGGUCUCCACCAUCAAUGCCAAGGAGAUCAUGCAGCUGCUAAUGAAGGGGAACCGGCAGAGGACCCAGGAGCCCACGGCCGCCAACCAGACAUCGUCCCGCUCCCACGCUGUGCUCCAGGUGGCCGUGCGCCAGCGCAGCCGGGUCAAAAAUAUCCUACAGGACGUGCGGCAGGGCCGACUCUUCCUGAUUGACCUGGCUGGCUCUGAGCGCGCCUCCCAGACACAGAACCGUGGGCAGCGUAUGAAGGAAGGAGCCCACAUCAACCGCUCCCUGCUGGCCCUGGGCAACUGUAUCAACGCUCUGAGCGACAAGGGCAGCAACAAGUAUAUCAACUAUCGUGAUAGCAAGCUCACCCGGCUCCUCAAGGACUCUCUGGGGGGGAACAGCCGAACUGUGAUGAUUGCCCACAUCAGUCCAGCAAGCACCGCCUUUGAGGAGUCCCGGAACACCCUGACCUAUGCUGGCCGGGCCAAGAAUAUUAAGACGAGGGUGAAGCAGAACCUGCUCAACGUCUCCUACCACAUCGCCCAGUACACAAGCAUCAUCGCUGACUUGCGGGGAGAGAUCCAGCGACUCAAGUGCAAGAUUGACCAACAGGCCGGGCGGGGCCAGGCCCAUGGUCGGCUGGAGCCGGGUGACAUACGCCACAUCCAAGCUGAAGUGCAGCUGCACAGCGGGCAGGGCGAGCAGGCUGAGAUGGGGCAGCUACGGGAGCAGCUCAUCAGUGCCUUCCAAGAGCAGAUGGACGUGCGCAGGCGUCUGCUGGAGCUGGAGAACCAUGCUAUGGAGGUCCAGAUCGAUACUUCCCGCCACCUGCUCACCAUCGCUGGCUGGGAGCACGAGAAGUCCAGGCGGACCCUCAAAUGGCGGGAGGAACAAAGGAAGGAAUCCUACACCAAGGAUGACAGUGAGAAGGAUUCAGACACAGGUGAUGACCAGCCAGACAUCCUGGAGCCACCAGAGGUAGCCACAGCCCGGGAGAGUAUUGCUGCCCUAGUGGGUGAACAGAAGAAGCUGCGAAAGGAGAAGCUGGCGCUGGAGCAGCGCUGCCGGGAGCUGCGCUCGCGGGGCCGGCGCCUGGAGGAGACGCUGCCGCGGCGCAUCGGCUCCGAGGAGCAGCGCGAGGUGCUCAGCCUGCUGUGCCGCGUGCACGAGCUGGAGGUGGAGAACACCGAGAUGCAGUCACACGCGCUACUCCGCGACGGCGCGUUGCGCCACCGCCGAGAGGCCGUGCGCCGCCUGGAGCAGCACCGCAGCCUCUGUGAUGAGAUCAUCCAGGGCCAGCGGCAGAUCAUUGACGAUUACAACCUGGCUGUCCCCCAGCACCUGGAGGAGCUCUAUGAAGUGUAUCUGCGGGAGCUGGAGGAGGGCAGCUUGGAACGGGCCGCCAUCAUGGACCGCGUGGCCUCCAGGGCCCUGCAGGACAGUUCUUUGCCCAAAAUUACCCCAACAGGAACCACACUGACCCCAGAGUCAGACCUGGAGAGCAUAAAAAUGCUGAGCUCUGAAGCCCAGCGCCCACAGAACAGCAUCUUCCCACCCCUCGGCAUGGUGAGUGUGUUCAAGGCCAGUUCCCGGGCCUGGCAGACGAAGGGCUCCUCCAUGCCCACCCCACCUCUGAUCCAGGUCAGCAGCCUAGUGGCCCAGGAGGGCCUGGGCAGCCAGAUCAACUCUUCUCCGGACAGCAGUGAGAAUCUAUCAGAGAUUCCUUUGUCUUGCAAAGAGAGGAAGGAGAUCCUGACUGGUACCAAGUGCAUCUUGGUGAAGGCUGCCCGUCGGCGCUCCCGGGCCAUGGGCACGGAGAGGCGCCACCUGCUGGCACCUGCUACAGAGCGCAGCAGCCUAUCCCUGCACUCACUGAGUGAAGCAGAUGAUACAACGCCACCAGGCCCGUUGGCCUGCAAGAGGCCACCCAGCCCAACACUGCAACAUGCUGCCAGUGAGGACAACCUGUCCAGCAGCACGGGCGAGGCCCCAUCCCAGAGGAUUAGGCAUCGAGGUGAUGGCCCUGGGCUCUGGCUGUAUGGCCAGAAGAAAAACCCAGGCAAAAAGAGGGAGGAGUCACUAGAGGCGAAGAGGAAGAAGCGGAGGUCCCGGUCCUUCGAGGUCACAGGGCAAGGGCUCUCUCACCUCAAGACACACCUCCUGGGACCCCGUCCCUCAGAGGGCAUCUCGAACCACAAAAAGCCAGCAUGUGGGCACCCAGCUCUUGGGAGCAGGCAUCCAGGAAAGGUCACUGUGCCUUUGACCAAAGUCAAACUCUCUCCAAGUCAGAACACAGGCCCCAGGGACCACUCACCCCUUGCUGUUGCCCCCAACCCAGCUGGUGUUUCCCGAAGAGCUGCUCGUGGGACCAACCUGCCCUAUGGCUCAAGCACCUGUGGCAAGGAUGGACGCUUCCAGCAUAACUGAGGGGCCCUGCUGAAACCAGCUAUUCUACCCAAAGACUGAAUGGGGUGUAGCAGGGAAUGGGGGAUGGAGGCUGGACAGAUGGGGGUCCUGUGAGAGCAGAAGUUUAAAAAGCCAUGACUCCUGAGACCCAGAAGCUGUGGGGGUGCCUGCCCAACCCUUCCACACAUUCAGUGCCACAGGGAAGACAGAUGAAUCCAAGACUCAUGGCAGAGGUGCUGGGCUUCCUGUUUUCCCAGUCCCAGACAGAACACUUUUGCCAAAACUCUGCACAGACCUGUGUCCCAUCUCAGCUUGGCUUUGGGGAAGAGUUGCUGUUACUGGGAUGGGGCUCCUGGGCCCACACCUGGGGCAAGUAUACCUGGGUAGGUGGAGAAGGGGCUAACAGGUUGGGAGUUGGGGAGGGAAUCUAGUUUUGUUACUUAGCAGUGGCCUUUUCACCUUUGUUUUUAACAAUAAAGUCCCAUUUGGGUUUUGAUGGUUGUGUUGGAAACUAGACCUUGUCUAGGGUAUCUAUGACUAAGAUUCACCCAGCUCCCUUCCCUGUCUUCCACCACCCCAUCUUCCCUGGCUCAUUGGAUAGCAUAAGCCUACAAACAUCCUGGGGGCUGUUUGAGGCAUGGCUCAAGUGGUAGAAUGCCUGCCUAAUAAACAGAGGCCCUGAGUUCACGUUUCCGUACUACCAAA